ACUUUCCUUCGCCUUCUGUUGAUCUAUCACAACACUUGUCAAGUAUUCUUACCACAUCCUUGAUAGAGUGACAGACGUCGCUGUUCACUUUCCUUUACCCUAUCCUUUGAAUCAGUCUGUGGUGAUAGCUUCAUGCUUGCCACACUCUGACCAUCUAAAGCAUUCUCGGUUCCCCGUCCUGCUCUUUCGGUUCCUCCCCUAACGGUUCUCUCGAGGCUUUCUUUGGAGCCACCACCACCACCAUGGCCACUGCAACGGCAGAUCCUGCUGCGAGUGCCGGCUCCAGCACAACCAAGACUCCUGCUCAGCUCAUGCAGGAGAAACACGAGGCUGCAGAAACACAUCAUGUGACCGUCGAAGAUGUUGUCGAUGAAGACGACCUUCAACACCCUCCCCCUCACCAUGCUGUUGAAGAGGCGGAAGACACCACAACCACAACCAAUGGGUCUGGCAAUGCUCCAAUGUCGGCAAAGGCUGCGGGAAAGCAGAAGGCGACCGACAAGGCCCCAGUCCUUGACACUCAGUCUGAGGAAGCUUUCCCGGCUCUGGGAGCUGCGACGAAAACUGCCACCACUGCGUCCGCAAGACAGCCCGGCUGGAUCGCCAGUGCUUCUGCCAAAGCUGCUCCAACAAACGGUUCUCCUGCCCUGGGAUCUCGGCCGACCUCUUCCGGCGCUCUCACACCGAACUCGACCCCCGGUGCGGGAACUCCUGUCACUGCACCCGGCCCACGCAGCAACGUCGUCCUUCCUGGGAGGUACCGUGACUCCUUUGAGAUUGACAAUGCCGAUCUGGACAAGAGCAAACCCCUGUCACGAGUCUUGAACGAUGUCAAGAAGAAAUUCAAUGUCAUCGUCACUCCAAAGUCAACCAAUUUCGCGACCCGAACUGAAUUCAUUGCCGAGGGCCCCAAAGCCCGAGUCACGGAGGCUCUGAUGUACGUCUCUAAAGAACUGACGCUCGAAAAGCAAGUUAAACUGGAAAUUCCAUCCACUGUCUCCGCUCAAAUCAUUGGCAAAGCUGGCGCAAACAUCAAAAAACUUGAAAGCCAAUUCAAUGUCCGCAUACAUAUUGAUCGUGAUACCAAGCCCGUGACGAGCCCCGAAGAUGUCAGGACCGAUGUGGUCGAGAUCCGCGGAAAUGCUGCCCAGGUUCGACAAGUCUACGAGCAGAUCUCUAACCAGGUCAAGUCGCUCCAGCCGAAGGUUGAUCUUCCCGUGCGCAAUAUUCCCCCGGAAUUCUAUCCUUUUAUUGCUGGUCAACACGCAGAUCGUAUCCAACAGUUGGAGCGAGACCGCGAGGUUCGUAUCAACGUACCACAGUAUCACACAUGGCAGCAACAGCCACCUCCACGCCCUGCCGAGACGGACCAGGCUCCUGCCUUUGUCCCUCAUGGAGACAAUCAUAUCGUCAUUUCGGGCGAUCAAGCUGCUACACUAGAAGCACGCUUAUUUCUUGAGCAGCUGGCGGAAGAACUCCAAAAAGAGCUCCUACUCGAAGAACUUGCCGCCGAACAGAUUUUACAUCCCUAUAUUGUCGGCGAGCGCGGGAUGGAUCCUCUGAAGUUCUUGGAGGAGACAGGUUGUGCUGUCAUCCUACCACCACCUGAUCAUGAAACAGAGGAUAUCCACAUCAUUGGCCCGAGAGACAAGCUAGAAGCAGGUCGGAAUCUGGCCGAAGAGCUCAUGUCCCGCAAGCACAAUAGAGCCGUCGAUAUGCACAAGCAUUUCAACGACGCCCCUCAAGGCCCGGAACGCCACUCAAGGGCGCUUGCUCAGUACCUUCAACAGAAAGCUAUCGAGCGUGAAUUUAUGAAGUCUCAUGGCGCUGAAAUUAUCUUCCCACCAAGUAGCAGUGCUUCCCCGAGCUGGACUGUCAUUAGCAAUGACCCUCAGAAAGCGCUGUCUGCCCGCAACGAGCUUUCCAAAAUCACUCAAGCUUAUCCCUCGGCAAGGAUCCAGUUGGUCGAGGUUGAUCCUUUCUUCCAUCCUCACCUCGAACAAAUGCAUGCUUCCAAUCUGCGGGAUACUCUGGGUGUUCAUAUGAUCGUGCCUGAUGAUGGCUCAGAUCCUGUCGUGCUGGUUUACGAAGGCCCUUCACAGGAGCAGCCCUUCUCGAUUCCUCGCAACAAACCCAGCAAAACUGAAAUGGCCAAUUUUGAGAAAGCCCUUCAGGAGGCACAAGCAAUGCUACUCAGCAACAUUCCUCAUCAAGGUAUCUCUGUUCAGGAUAUUCACGUCCCGAAGAAGUUCCAAGACAAAGUCAAGAGAUUUGUGAACAAUGAGCCUAGGCCAAUGCCUCCUGAGGCUUUUCCCGUUCAAGUAGACUUUGGUGGCGCAAGAGGCGGCCCAAGACAAGCCAAUGGUCUUUCUAGAGGCUCGCCGUCCGAAAGAGUCUAUCUACGUGGUCCGAGUGAGGCAGAUAUCGCGGAACUCCGCCAGAAGAUCGAACAAUUCCUGCGAGAGGCCGAAGAGGACGAAAAAGAGCGUGGCUAUACCACGACUUUUGCUUUCCCCGCCCAAUACAACAAGAACUUGAUUGGAAAACAAGGUGCCAACAUCAGGGCUCUGCGCGAAAAGCACGAUGUCGAAAUUGACACUCGCGAGGACGGCCAUGUCACCAUCAAAGGUCCCGCAAAGAAGGCUGAAGCGUGCAAAGCGGAAAUUCAGCGGUUAGCCAAACAAUGGGAAGACGAAGUCAACUUUGCCAUCAAAAUUGAUCCCAAGUACCAUGGCAUGCUCGUGGGUCGGAACGGAGAGAAUCUGCAGAAAAUCCAAAGCAAGGUCGACAACGCGGUGCGAAUUGACUUCCCGAAGGCGCAGAGAUUCAGCGAUGACGUCUCUGUUGCUGACACUGCGAGCGAGGCUGGCGCUAGCCGGGGUCAGCCUCAUGAUGAGAUCAGAAUACGAGGACCUAGAGCGAAGGCUGAGAAGGUUCGAGAUGAACUGCUGAGUCUCCACCAGUACUUGGUGGAUAACUCUCAUACCGCCACUGUCUCGGUGGCGCAAGGGCAGAUUGCCUCUCUCAUUGGAAGGCGUGGCCAGGAGAUGGAGAAGCUCCGAGCUGAUACGGGAGCGCAAAUUGAUAUCCCGAAAGCUGAUGGCUCUGAUCGUGUGACGAUCCAGGUCAAAGGUACCAAGCAGCAGGUUGAGAAGGCCAAACAAGAGCUGGAGAAGCGGGCCAAGGCUUUUGAUAACAUUGUUACGCGCACUUUGACGGUGGACAGAAAGCAUCACCGUGCCCUGAUCGGAGCCGGCGGCUCCAACAUCCAAAACCUUGUCGCUAAAGCUGGCGGCACCGGUACCAGUGCUGAACAUGUCCGAUUUCCUCGUCAAGGGGACGAGUCCGAUGAGCUUACUGUUAGGGGUACGGCCGACGUUGUUGAGAAGAUCCUCGCCGCCAUUCAAGCCUUCGUGGACGAGCGAGAGCACCAAACGACCGAGACGAUAGAUGUUCCCGUCAGCCAGCACCGUGCACUGAUUGGUCCAAAUGGCAGUAUUCGAAAGAAACUCGAAGAAGAGUUUGGCGUAACUCUGAAUGUGCCUCGUGUGGGUACUGGACUCACUGAGGUCAAGAUCAUUGGUCGUCCGGAAAAUGUCUCAAAAGCCAAGGAGCGUGUACAAGGGAUGGUUUCCAAGCCUCAGGGCGAAACGAUUAUGGUUCCGCGAUCUUUGCAUCAUGUCGUUUCCAGAAAUGGUGCUCUGUUCCGUGAGCUUUCUCGGGACGGCAUUCGGGUCGAUCACAAUGGACAGAAGCCGCCGCCGAAAGCGGCUACCAACCGCGGACCACGGACACGGACGACCAACGGUGAUAUGCCACUGAUCACAGACCAACCUGGGGAGGAGGCCUACUCAUGGGACAUGGUCUCUAACCAGCAGGGAUUGGAUAGUAAUUCGGGGGAGAUCCCGUGGGUGAUUUUGGCGGGAAAGGACGCCUCGGAGGACACAGUCGCCAAGGCCAAAGAGAAGAUCCAGUCACUGCUCGAGAAGGCUGCCGAACCUCAACACACCGGCUUCCUCAUUCUCCCGGAUCCCAGACUUCACCGCCACAUCAUCGGGCAAGGCGGCUCGACUAUCAACGCUAUUCGCCGACAGUCCGGCUGUGAUAUCCAAGUCCCGAAUAGAAAUUCUGGCAAGGGCGAGGAAGGAGAAGCCAUCACGAUUGUGGGCAAGGAAGAUGGCGUUCUGACUGCUCGGGAUUUGAUUCUCGAGGAGAUCAAGAGAGCUGAGGCUGGACGAAACUCGCCGAGGGGUGCUGGUCGUGCUUAGAAAGCGUGAAGUGAAAGUACGUGGGCUGUUCUGAGCGAGGAAAACGUAUUUGAGCCCAUGAAGACCUUUGUAAGAGUACCAAAAGACGCAAUUUGGUCGAGGCUGUCGAUGAGCAUGGCUCUAGAGAAAAGAAAAAGUUUGCAGUUGAGUAAUUUGGAUUGAAAAAGAAGCACAAUUGAGGAUUAAGAGCAAGCAAGGCAAUUCCCUGAUACUACGAUGAACACCCUGCGUGUCAAGUCCUAACGUUCAGCGAAAGCGAGUAGGACGAUCUCUUUCUUCCAACCCCAAUCCAGGCACGUAUCCUUGCACAGGUGAUACAUGUUCCUACUCGCCUGGCUCGCCAUCAUGCACGAAAGCGAAUGAUGUAAACAG